AUGGAUGAUCUAAAGAAUCUUUUAGCUGAAAAAGUAGAACAGCUAAUGGAAUGGAGUUCAAGGCGCUCAAUCUUCCGCAUGAAUGGUGAUAAAUUCCGAAAAUUUAUAAAGGCACCACCUCGAAACUAUUCUAUGAUUGUUAUGUUCACUGCUCUUCAGCCUCAGCGGCAGUGUUCCGUAUGCAGGCAAGCAAAUGAAGAGUAUCAAAUACUGGCUAACUCCUGGCGCUAUUCAUCUGCUUUUUGUAACAAGCUCUUCUUCAGUAUGGUGGACUACGAUGAAGGAACAGAUGUUUUUCAACAGCUCAACAUGAACUCUGCUCCUACGUUUAUGCAUUUUCCUCCAAAAGGCAGGCCCAAGAGAGCUGAUACUUUUGAUCUUCAAAGAAUUGGGUUUGCAGCUGAACAACUAGCAAAGUGGAUUGCUGACAGAACAGAUGUUCAUAUUCGGGUUUUCAGACCACCCAACUACUCUGGCACCAUCGCCUUGGCCUUACUAGUGUCGCUGGUUGGCGGUCUGCUCUAUUUAAGAAGAAACAACUUGGAGUUCAUCUACAACAAGACCGGUUGGGCCAUGGUGUCUCUGUGCAUAGUCUUUGCUAUGACCUCUGGCCAGAUGUGGAAUCAUAUCCGUGGACCGCCAUAUGCUCAUAAGAACCCACACAAUGGCCAAGUGAGCUACAUCCACGGGAGCAGCCAGGCUCAGUUCGUGGCAGAGUCGCACAUCAUUCUGGUGCUGAAUGCUGCUAUCACCAUGGGAAUGGUCCUUCUGAACGAAGCAGCAACCUCCAAAGGAGAUGUUGGGAAAAGACGGAUAAUUUGCCUAGUGGGAUUAGGCCUGGUGGUCUUCUUCUUCAGUUUUCUACUUUCAAUAUUUCGUUCCAAGUACCACGGCUAUCCUUAUAGCUUUUUAAUUAAAUGAAGCCAAGUGGGAUUUGCAUAAAGUGAAUGUUUACCAUGAAGAUAAACUGUUCCUGAUAUUACACUAUUUUAAAUUCUUACAUUGAUUUUUUUUUUUUUUUGUCGAUUGUGAUAAGCUAGUUAAGUCUUGUAUACUUUUUUAAACUGUGGGUUUUCCUAGUAAAUUUAAUUUAUAGAAAUGGAUGGUAACAUUUAAUAGUCUACAAAAGAAACAUCAAAGUGUUUUCAAGCAUAUUAUAUUCAGUGUAUGCCACAAGAUUGAAAUAAAUGACAAUGUGAUUAUAAAUGUAUGUUUUAGAACUGUUCACUCAUUAGUAAAGGAAACCGCAAUGUU